AAAUGGACUUUCAUUUGGCUUAGUUGAUUUUUGGAUUUUGGAUUCCAUACUGCCCUCCCCUAAUAUGUAUUAUUAUCAAUUGUAAAAGAGGAGGUGACAAUUAGAUAAUUUUCCAAACUCGAAGCUAUUUGUCAGUCGAUCGCGAAAUCGGAAGUACGUAGUUAAUUUCGUGACACGUUCUGUCAUCGGGUAUUAUCUCCAAGUGUUCAAUUUUACUAGGUAGUGCCGUUUCCAUUUUUCCAUAAUGUUUAGUGAGUGAAUUCUUGUGUUGAUAAUCAGUUGGUGAAGUUUGCUUAUUCGUUUCAAUUAGCCCAGGUUGGAUUUAACUCUAUCUCAUAAGCAGUGUGAUAUGAGACGCCAAAAUGACCGCACCUCUUGCUGACGCAAAUAAUGAGUGGGACGACGACGUCUCGGAUGUGAGCUCAGUGCACAAUAACUCAGUGGUGUCAACUGUUCCAGACAAACAUGGCUUUUUCGGUGGAUCCCAAUACUGCCCCGAGUCAAACAAACCUAAUGAUCGAAAAAAAAUCCUGAAACGGGAGAAAAAAUGGUUGCAUAUGUUAGAAGACUGGCAAAAUUACAUGGAUAAACAUCAUAAAACGGUAAGAGAACGAUGUAGGAAAGGGAUUCCUGCAUCCAUCAGGCCUAGAGCAUGGCUAUUCCUGUGCGGUGGUAAACUACUAUUAGACAAACAUCCGUACCUGUACUCAGAUUUAUUAAAAAAAGAGGGUGAUCCUAGGUGGAUAGAUGACAUUACUAAAGACUUACACAGGCAGUUCCCUGACCAUGAAAUGUUUGCAUCUCAGCAAGGAUAUGGGCAAAGAGAUUUAUUUGAUUUAUUGAAAGCAUAUUCCCUGCUGAAUCCAGUAGUUGGUUACUGCCAAGCUCAAGCUCCUAUCGCUGCAUUUUUAUUGAUGCACAUGCCCGCAGAAGAGGCUUUUUGGUGUUUUGUGUCGGUGUGUGAUAAAUAUUUGACUGGAUACUUUAGUCAAGGAAUGGAAGGAAUUAAACUAGACGGAGAUAUUUUAUUUGGUUUAUUGAAGAAAGUAGCACCAGAAAUUUACAAGCAUCUGAAAAAGCAAACUAUUGAACCAAUCUUGUAUAUGACCCCCUGGUUUCUGUGUGUUUUCAUUCGAACUUUGCCCUGGGACACACUCCUUAGAGUUUGGGACAUGUUCCUUGUCGAAGGUGUUAAAAUAAUUUUCAAAAUGGCAAUAGUUUUGAUGAAAUUAAGUUUGCAUGGCAAACACAAAACCUCCUAUUCAGUCAUCAAAAAGAAACAUCCAACUAUGUAUGAAACUUUAGAGGCAUUGCGAAAUCCUCCAUUUGAAGAACUGCGCAAAGAAGAUGAGAUCGUUAAUCUAAUUUUAAAGUUAAAUUUGACCGAUGAAGACUUCGAUUACGAGCAUAUCCGGCAACUAAGGAAGAGGAGAACCCAACAAAAUAGACAGAACGCAGCUGCAGCUCGCUGAUGUGAAGACCAUCAAUACACUCUGCCCUGCUCUCUAUGUCAUCCUUGGUUCAAUUUUCUGAGUCUGAGUUGAGCCCUCAAGACUGAAUUUGAACAAUGAGUAGCUGCCUUCUCUAUGAAACCCAGAGGCACCACUCUACACCUAUGCUCAUCUCUUUGUUCGCGAUCAUUUUUAUGGUGCUCCAAGUAUUUCCCUAUCCACAAAUAAGUAGAUUUUUGUCCUUUUUCUCGUCUCUUUUUUCAGUGAAGUUUCUGUAGAGAAUUUUCGUCUAAAUAAGUUUCAUCGCGAUCAAAGGAAAAUAAACUGCUAUUUGCCUCAAAAUACAGGAGUUGUUUUCCUCAAAAUGUGUCGUUGUAAAAUAGGAAAACGGAGAUCGGCUGUUAUCAUAUUUAUUUGUCUAACUUCUCAUUUUAUUCCCAAUUUUCUAUUUAUUUUCUUCUUGUAUUCAGAGCAUAAUUUACUAAUAAAAAUAAAAGACAAAUUCUGGAACACUAGCUGCGAAGUAUGUUCUCUAACUUAUCCUGUAAGCUAGAAUGCGUAGUCAACAUCCUGCAAAUUAAAUGUAAAUUAAAAAAUCUAGAGACCACCUGAAAAUUGAUUGGGUUGUAUGAUGUUCGAAUUUCAAGAUGGACAACCUAUUUUAUGCGGUUCAAGUGAACUUGAUAGUUGUCAAUAUUGGUUGCUGUUAUUUUCAGUAAUUAUUGUAAACUCAAAUCUUUUGAUGAAUGGGGUAAAAAAUUUCUAUUGUUUCUGGUUUCAAGCUUUCUGUCUCCAUGUAACGAAAUAAAAAAUUUUCUUUAGCUUUUUCGAUCUCCAGAACCAAUUUUAUUUCUUUUUCAAGUAAUUUUUGAUACUAGAUUACAGGAAAGGUAGAUUGUAAGGCUUCAAAUUCACUUCAUUACAUUUGUACUGAUGCCGUAUUAUUAUAUUUUUGUAGUCAGUUCUCAUUUUUUGCAUGUCUGUCCCUUCCAGAAGGACUGCAUAUCUGAUUAUUUAACGCUGAAGAGCCUGCUAGUCAUUGUUAUUUGUAGCUUUAGUUUUAUUAUAACAUUUAACGUUAUUUAUUUAUUUUUCACAAAGGAGAAUUUAUUAUAGUUAUCAAGUGAACACUUAUGUGUGAGACACUGACUGAUGACUUACACCAAAAAGUUUUCUACACAUAAGCAUAUUAUACUGAGGUUGCCUUCGACAAAUAUUACAGGUCCCCCAAAAGCGAUGUUAAACCUGUGCCCUUUAAUUGUGAAGACUUCUAUAGGUUAGUCUGGCUUAGUGAUCAUGCUAGUCAGAAGAAGUCUAUGGAAGCUUAACCCUGAAGAGUAUUAAGUUAGAUUGUUAAGUGUAUACUAUUUUCUGUGCAAUCUUCUAUUUUACUUUGAAGAAAGCAUAUUCAGGAUCAUAAUUGUCUAUUUGAUCUGCUCUUUGACUCUGUUAUUGUAAUGUUUCGGUUACAUCUGUGUUUUUUGCAACACCAGCAGGUAACUUAAAUUUAGAUCAAUUGUAAACGCUGACUGUUUUUUCUUUUUUUUUAUUGAACAGUCAGGUAUCUGAUUUUGUCAUGGAGAUUAAUGCAACAAGCUCGUACGUAAUUUUACAAUAUCGUUGCAUUGGCUCUUUAUAAUUUUUAGUAUUUAUUUUCUGCAUAUAUUUUUUAUUAUUAGUGCUGAUGACUCAGCACCAAGCUUCUUUCAUUGUUGUAAUAGCAUUUCACACAUUAUGUCACUUUCUACAGCCUCAUUCAAUUUAUUUUAGUCUACUAGUAGACUAAAUAGAGAAACUAGGCUAAAGGGGUGUAGUAGACUAAUCAUUGAAAGUAUGCCUUUGUUGAUAGAACAGGUACUGUGCAGGAAAUGAAUUAUGAUGUUGAUUGUUAAUUCUUCGAGAUUUUUGUCCUGAUUUUAUAAUCAGGUAUUCUACUUAGAUUGGUGGGUCCCUCAGUGAUAGGACUAAAAGAGAAAUGAUCAACUAAAGGAAGUAAUAAUAAAAUAUCGGAACAAAAAGAUAAGGAUGACAGACGUGUAUUGGUAUAGAUUACAUGGUUUUUGAAUCAGGGUUUAUGCCUGGGACGUGCAAUAGUCCCCAUGCCACUGACAGCACUGCUGACUUAGUAUACAACACGAGGUUUAGAUCACUGGGAUUUGUCAAAAAAAUUGUAUGCAUAAUGUUUUGUUAACACCAAUAAAACCGCUGUUGGGAACAGCUGACGUUGUCCAAUCUGCUACAGCUCUCAUUUUGUGCAGUUUUAUAGCAAAGUGAGUCGUACAGUCAAUAAAAAAAAUACACAUGGCAACAGGUCAGCUUUGCCAACAGUGAACGCUUUGAUCGUCAUCUGUAAGGGUCCGUCAAUUGUCCUUCUUUCAUAUCUAAAGUUUUUUAGUGCAUGGGCAAAAGCAGGUAGGCAAGUGGGCUUGGAACAGAAAUAGUAUUUAAUGAUAUUAAUUGACAAGCAGGAUAAUUUCCUUUGUAUAUUUACAUUUUUUUCUCUUGUAAACCAAUUUGCUUAUGUUAGAAAAUUUUCCAAGUGUUUUUUAUUUUGAAUUCAACAAACUUGAUCUAAAAAGACUUUUUUGUUUACCGAAACAUAUUUUUAAUGUAGUCUUAAAAUGCUCAAAAAUCUUAAAAACCAUCAAGGAAUGCUCUACGUUUUCUUGAAGUAACAGUUAAUGAUUUCUCUUCUAUUUCUCCAAAGAAAGCGCAAAUUAUCAAUCCUGUGUAUUAAUGCAAAAGUUAGUACAAACCAGUGCCUUUCUAUGUGUUUCAGAAAAUUUUACGUUCCAAGGAGUAAAAUCAUAUUCUCCAAGUGAGCAUAUCUAAUACUUCUCUGCACUUAUGGGAGGAGGGGGAAGUUUCUGAAGUUCAAAAUUUUUCUACUCUUUUCUUUCCACUAAAAAUAUGGUUAAAUACUCAGAAAAAUCUCCGCAUGUGACCAGAUCUGUGAGAAGGGACCUUAUCUUCUUGGAGAAAAUUUUCCUCAACCUUUCAUAAAAACUUGAACUCAUUUUUUUACAACCUAAGAAUUUGUGUCAUGGAACUGCAGCUCUCAUAUUUCCUCCAAUUUUUGAGGUUUCAGAGUCCAACUUAUGUCAAAAUUUCCAAAUUUUUUGCCUUUAUGCUUUAAAAAAACUAUGGAAAACUUUCCUCCGAAAGCUAAAAUCCCUUUUCACAAAUCUGCUUUUGUACGUUGCUGUAUGAAACAAGAAUGCUGUUACUCCAUUCUAGGUUUUCAAUUUCUUCUUCAGCAAAAUGUUAUAUUGAAAAAGCUAAGAUGCAAAAAUUAGCCAUUAUAAAUACCUUCUUUGAUUCUGUACGCAUUCAAAAUAUCUGUGUCAUGCACUUCAACUAUCAGGAACUUGCACUAAAAAAUGAGGCACAAAAAUAAAACUUCUGGUAUUUUUUUGAGAGAGUAUCUUGUUUGAGACAAAAUUUCAUAACUGGAAUGGUGUCAUAGCAUUCUUCUUUCUGUUGGCAGCAUACCACGAGGUUUUUCUCAUGAUUAGGUUCUUUGCUUUUCAUGUAUUGCUUGCAUUUAUUCCAAACAGUUAGAGAGAUUUUCUGCAAAUUUAAACUUAAGCUAAGAUGUUCAAAUUUUCUUGUUUGCGUACAGUUUGUAGGACUGAAUUUUUUGAAGGUUUAGCAUUUCUCAAUCUUUCAUGAUGAUUAUCUUUAAACCAUGAAACAAUUAAUUCAUAGGAAUUAUGUACAUAGGCUUUUAAGCACAUACUCUCACUUGAUUAAGAAUUUUUUUUUGCCCACAAUAUUGUUUUUUUUUUAUUCUUCUUUAUCUAUGUACUGCUAUUAUUAUUAUCUCUUAACUUUGCAAAUAUGUUUUUUUGCGUCUACCUGCAUUUAUUGGUGCUUCAUAUUUCUCUUCAAUGGUUUUAAAACAAGCAUCCCCCCCCCUCCCCACGAUUUCUUUCAUUUAUUUUUUAUCAAAACACUUUUGCUAAAUAAGACGUAGCUCCUGCUUGCAUGUGUGCAUAUACGCACGUACAGAAACCUAGUCAAGUAGGUCCUUCUUUUUCAAAUGAUAAAAUUUACUCCAUUUAUUUUUUAUCUUCUUCACAAUAUUUUCGCCUUGCUCUGUUCCUUUUCAUGUUUUUUUUGGAAAUAUGUUGGAACUAAGGUUUCCUAGUUAAAGAUCAUUAUUUUGAAUAAUAAUUUUGUAAAGAAGAUGUAAUUAAAAAGAUAUUACUUCAGCUAAAAACGAGGAAACAAAGCAAGAAAGCUGAUAAUUCCAAAUUUUGAUAGAGAAAAUGAACAUUUCGUACCCUCGAGUUCGUAGGAAAUGGACCCCCUAAAGAUUUUCUUCCCUUUUGAAUGCCCCUGUCCAUCUUCCAACUUGUCUACAAUCAGAAUGCACUGAUUAGCAUAGAAGGAAAACUCCAAAAACAUAAUCUACCAUCACGGCCUUCGAAUGCCAAGACAGUUCUCCACUAAUUCUGUUUCCUCAAGUUCUAGAAUACACAGUCUCUCACGAAACCAACUCCUCCGCACAUAAUAACUAUCCUGUAACCUUUUUAAGUCAGUAGAUAAAUUUGUAUAUAAGAACCAUUUCUUUGGUAUAUAUUUUUCUAAAGCCUCAAUUUUGAAGCUGAAUUUGUGCGUUUCAUCUUUUUUCCUAUCUUUCCUCUAACUUUAAACUCAGUGCCUUGACUUUUAAGGUGUUUCUUUAUCUAUUAUCUGUAUGUAAAAUACCUUUUGUAAACUUUCCGACUGGAAAGAAUGUGUAUCAACAGUAAUAAUGUGUUGUAAAUACAAAUAUUUUUACCAAAAGGCAGUCGCUACAAGAAGUAUGUGCAAAGUAAUGAUAUAUUCGCAUUACCUCCAGAAUUAAUGAAGGUGAAUCAAAUUGGUGAAAAAAGACUAUCUGUGUACUCUCAUCUCUGUAGGGAGUCUUAGAUUUUUAAAUUUAGUCCACUGGUUCACAAGCAACAUGAUUUUCCUUAAGUAUCCUGCGCUUACAUGUAAAUGUAAAUUCUUAAUUUUGUGUGCAACGAGAUACAACAUUUUAGGAUACAUGCAAAAACAAAUAUCUCACCUAAAAACUGAUUGCCUAGAUUUCAAACAAGAUUUUUAAAGAUUAAAAUCCAGUGCUCUAAUGAAUGAUAGCUCUCCUUAUCAAUUCAAUUGAUUUAUGCUGAAUUUUAAGAUGAGAACCGCUGUGCUCAAGAUUUUAGCUCUGCCGUGGCAAGGAGAGGAAGCAGAAAAAAUUAUUUUUUUGAAAACAAAUGACCAGACUUAAAAAAUUGAAGCUCCAAUAAAUUGAGUGUAUUAGCCAUUUAUACCAAUAUGAGACGCCUUUAGCAUUUCUGGAGGUUAUACAAAUGUGUAAUAAGUACUUACUUUACAAAUACCCCCUGUAAACUAUCUGCUUUAAAAUAUUAUUCUGUAAGUAAACAAGUAUGUUAUACGACCAUCCUCUUACGAUUUCUAUUUUCUUCAUUGUCAGCAUUUUUAUCUCAAAUACUGAGUUUUUUCAGCCUCAUUGUGUGUUAAGAAUUGAUCAUGAAAAAUUUUGCAGCUCAAUUUAACAUAAACUUCAAUUUGUACCUUGCUAUACGGUAUCCAUUUUGAUAUAUCUUUUUUACGUAAAUACUGCUGUCUCCUAACUACUCGGGUUUUCAUUGUUGUUUUCCUACAUUCUAAAGGAAAUGUACAAAUGAAAGUUCCAUUUGCUGCUCUUACCAGCCAAAUAGUCGAUUUUUAGUAAAAUUUCUGCAUUUUUUUUUCUUUCUUUCUUGCAAGCAGGGUUCUUUAUGAACUUUUACAAGUGCUUCCUUCCCACAGUCAUCCUGAGUGUGAACCAAGUUUGAUUAAACUAAGUUCCUAUCACUUAAAGUAAUACAAAGCUCACAAAAUAGCUCCUUAUGUAAUCAAGGGACUAUCUAUCUUCAAGUCUCAAUGUAUCCUCUAACUGAAAACUUGGAUUCAUAACUUAACCGCUCAUAUCCCUAUUUUUCUAACGUGUACAAUAUUGAUCCUUUUGCGUUCAAACCAGCUUUAUCUUUCUACUGUAAUAUUUACUGGCAAAUCUCUGUGCUCUUUAUUCGCAAAAGUCUCCUAUUUUGCUGAACGAAUGUCUUAAUGCCUGUGUUUGUUCACUUGUGAAUCAUAUGAUAGCGGAGGUCAAAAUCAAUCAGCUCUUUCUACUCAGUCUUCAUCUAUUUCUGUGUGAUCAAUACAAUAUUUUUCUAGUUUUCUCAGCCAAGUAUUUGUAUAAACAGUAAGUUCACUGAUGUCCAAGAGUUUAUUUUAUUGGUCGUACAAAUAGUUUUAUUUUUAUUUUUUAAAGUUUUGAGUCUGAGACGAACAUUCAUUCUUUGAAUACAGCGUUUGUAUUUUUCAUGUAUCUAAGUAUUUUAUUUUGUGUUAAAUGUCGUUCUGAUAUUAAAUCAUUAGGUAUAAUAAAAACUUAUACCUUUCCAAAUGAAA